AUGCAGGUAAAUCAAUUAGAAAAUUUUAGAACUGAACAAGAUAAUUGUAACUUUUUUCAAUUUAUAUAAUGAUAGGUAAUCAUACCUCACAUGGCUAAUCUGGUAGACUAUUACUAGAUAGUGGAUAAAGAGAAAAAUAAUAAACUAUUGAAAAAAUUAAAAAAGCCUUAAAAACUAAUAAAGAAACCCUCCACACUUUAAGAGCUACCGACUUAGUUUCAGACAGUAAAAACUUGUAUAAUAGUCAUAUAUAUUAAUAGAAGUAUUGCAGGUCGAUCUCAAAUUAAAUUAUUACAUUAUGGUCCUUAAUAUACGGGUAAACCUCCUAAAAACAAAAAAAACAAAGAUGAAAGUCCUUUCCUUAUAGAUUCAUAAUCAGCUGAAGAAAUUGAAGGAUUUAGUAACCAAGCUUGGAAACAAUACCCUUUAGAAAUUUUGAUGAUAAUUUUAAGAUUUAUAAGUUUCAUUACCAAAUCAAACUUUGCUACAAGCUUCAGACUUAUAAACAGAAAUGUUUUUGAAAUUAUUGGAGACAAGUCAGCAUAUUUUAGAUAUUAUUUAUUUAAUGAUUAUUUCAAAUAUGAAGUAUUGAUGUAAAUUAAUUUAAGAAACCAAGCCCAUAUGAAAAAAUGAAAUAUUAAUUAAAUCAAUAAGUAUUUGUCCCUCUUAGAAAGAUGAAGGUUUAUAAUUAUUUAAAUAAAAAUAAAUUAAUAUUACGCCCUGAAUCAAUUACUUCAAUAGCAUGGAAUAUAUAUAUACUAACCAUUUUAAAUAUGAAUGUGUUAUAUGUUAGUGCGAGAGUCGCGUUUAAAUUUGAUACCAAUAACUCACUUGAUGAUAGUUUUUAAUAAUUUAGAUGGGUUUUAUUUGAUGUUCUCCCCUCGUAUUCUUUUAUUUUAGAAAUAUUAAUUAAAUUUAAUACCUGUUUUUAUCAUAAAGGUACAGUUAUCGAAAAUAGAUAUCAAAUAGCCAAAAAUUAUUUAAGAACAUGUAAUAAUGUAAAUAAUAAUAUGUAGCAUUUUUUUUUGAUGUUUUUGUUAUCAUACCGUUUUUCUUAAGUCUUCGUUUUCAAUUAGAUUAUUUAGAUUUAGUUCUUAUUUUAAAAGUUUUUUAGAUAACUAAAUUUAGUGGGAAUUUAUUUGAUAGACUUGAACUCACAUCAAGUUAAAUUGCUAUUUUUGAUUUAGUUAAAUUAGGGUACACUAUUUUAGCAGUUGCUCAUUUUUGUGCAUGUUUAUGGUUUUUAGUUGGCACUACUGGAGAUGAUACAAAUACUUGGGUUAUAAAAAAUGAUUUAUAAGAUCAGCCUUGGCUUAAUUAAUAUUUAACAUCAUUUUAUUUUAGCAUAGUAACAAUGACAACUAUAGGAUAUGGAGAUAUAACUCCAUAAAAUUUAAGAGAAAGAAUAUUUACUAUUGGUAUGACUGUCGCUGCUGUUGGUAUUUUUGGAUACUCAAUUGGUAAUAUAAAUAAUAUAUAUGCUGAUUGGAGUAGAAAGACAUAUGAAUUUAGAUAGAAUAUGAAUGAUCUUAAGAAAUAUAUGAGAUUAAAGGGAUUAGAUAAACAUUUAGCUGAAAAAAUAAGAAAGUAUUUUGAAUAUGUUUGGUGUGAUGCUGAAGAAGAAAAUGAUAGAGAAGCCUUUAAAUUUGCAGAAUAAAUUCCAAUUUAAUUAUAAGAAGAAAUGAAAAUUGAUAUCAAUAUGAAAAUUGUUAAGAAAAUUAAAUUUUUGACUGACAAUUUUAGUGAUUAAUUUUUAAUUUAAUUAUCAAAGAAUUUGCUUGAAGAGAAAUUUGCCCCUGAAUAGAUUAUAUAUAAAGUAUUUAAUAUAUAUACCCUAGUAAAAUGAAGUAAGUGAUUAUCUAUACAUACUCUAAAAAGGAGAAGUAUAAUUUUAUGUUACUUUAAACAACAAACAAGAAUCAUAAAAAGUAUUAGAAUCAUAUUCUGGUGAUUCAUAACCUUUUGGUGUUCUUGAGUUCUUUGAAAAAUAGAAUUAUUAAGUAUCAUGUAAAUCUACUUAAUUUACAUAUUUACUCAAAAUUCAUAGAAAUUAAUUUAUUGAUUUAUUAUAGCAAAAUUCAAAAGAUUAUGUAUUAAAUGAUUUUUUAAUUAGUCAACAUUUUGUUAAAUGAGAGAUUAAGUAACAUUUUCAAAUGCUUAGGGUAUUGUUGAUGUUUCAUGUCGAGCAUGCAAUAAAACAUCGCAUAUAAUUAGAGAAUGUCCAUUAGUUUGUGGAUAUCCAAAUAGAUCAAAAGUUCUACUAAAUUAUAGAAGAAAUGUUCCUUCUGAUAGAGGUGUUUAUAAGAGAAGUUUAAAUAGAAGAGUUGAUUCCUUAUUAGAAUCUCAUGAUGUUAAAAACAGUAUUUUACUAUUUAUAUGCAAAAACAAAUUAAUAGAUGAACCUUUAAAUAAAAAUGGUAUUUUAGUUUUAUUAAGUUUUAAGGUGAGGAAGAAUAGAAUGAUUCAGAGGAAGAAAUUAUUAAUACUUUUAAAGUUGGAUACAAGUAGACAAUCACUCAAUAAAUUGAAUCAAAAAGACCUUUAUCUUUUUAAGGUUGUAAUGAUGCAUUACAAGAUGAAGAAUUAGUAAAUUUAUUAUGAUUAUUCACAGCAAAAUAAAAUAAAGGAAAUUGUUAAAUAUCUAAAAAAAAAACAACGAAACUCUUUAUAAUAAGAAAAUAAAUAAGGAUAGAAAUUAGAAGCUGAAAAGACCAUGAAUUUCAAUUCAUUAAUGAAGGGGUCUGAAACCUCAAACUUAUUAUAUCCAAAAUAAUAAUCAAGUAGUUCAGAUCAAUUCUAAUAAGAUACGAAUAGAAGAGGUUCAAAAACAACACAAGGAAAAGCUAAAAAUUUAUUUGAUAUUUUUAUUUAAGGUUCAAUGAUGCCAAAUUAAAAUAAAAUAACAACAUAUGAAUAAUAAGAUUAUGAUGAUGAAUUUGGUAAAAAAAGAGGAUAAUAUAUUGAAUUAUUUGAAGGCUUUGAAAGAUUUAAAAAUUUUGAAAAUUAUCUUUCGCAAAACAAUUUGGAUACAAUCAUAAGAAAGAGAGAGAGAAAAAAGAAAUAAUUAUGA